AUGUCUGACUACGGAGCUGACAGCGUCUCGCUGACCAUGACACGAACCAGCAGCGAAUUCUCUGAAAGCUCGGAGGAGCUCCGAGGUCCACCGGGCUUGGAGGACUCCACCGGCGACACCAUCCGCGAGCUUCUGGACCGGGCAGUCCAUUCCCUCAGCGUCGCCACGAAUCAAGCCGCCCGCCGACGGGUCCGCCAGCGGCUUCAGAGGAGGCUCAGUGACUUCUUGACCAGGGACCAAUAUGAGAAUGCAAUGCAGCAGUUCAAGUUCCUGUGCGAGACGCGGCUGGGCUAUGUGUGGCGAGUGGCCCAGCACAGCGAUAAGCCUGAUCCGGUACAGCCUGGUCCCGGUGUGUGUUACUUGAACUUCAACGAGCUGAGUGGGGAAUGGGAGCACUCCUUCGUUUGA